CAGAGUUAAAGUCACUUAUACAGAGCGGAGAGACGGAGAGACAUAGAGAGUCACAGGUUUGCAUCUUUUUCGCUUAAGCUUCUUUCUGUCACACACUGCGUUUGCUUUUUGAUUUGAUAGUGGGGUAGUGCUCUUCGUCUCGGACCACAUUUUGGGGGGGUUUUGGAGUAGAACAUUCUGGUGAAAUCCGCCAUGGCCGAUGCGAUCAAGGAUCUCUCCAUCGGUGGAAACCUCAUCUCCGACCUGAAGAGCUUGUCCUCUGUUCUCAGAACCAAGAGAACUGUGGUUUUUGCUUAUGGGUUUAUGUUCACGUUUGUCGCUUGCUCUGUCUUCAUCGCCUUCAACCCUUCUGCAACUUCUUCCCCUUGGUUCACCAACAUCUUCGGUAGUUCUGGUUCUGAUUCUGAUUACCCCUAUAGAUCUAACUUCUCUUCCCUUUUAUCUUACUUCCUUCCCAAUUCCUCUCGACCCACUUACUCUUCCACUCAGACUACUCUUCCUUCUCCAUUUCCACGAGGUGAUCUCAAUGUCUCCACGUCUCAUACUUAUCUCCCGGAAGCAAAAGAGUUCCAACCUGGGAACAAUCGGACUGAGAUUGCGAAACCGACGUCACCAAAAUCGCAACUUGUAGAUGAAAAAGGUGUUCCGAAGAACGAAAUAGAAACUAGUGCUGGUAAAUCAAACUCUCAAGUUCCACCCUUGAAAUCGCAGUCUGAUAGGUCGCCAUCGCAAUCCCAUAAGAUGGAUAGUCUGCCCAAGAAUGGUAUUGUGAAUGGGUUAGCGAAACCACCGUUACCCAUAUCUCUACCGGAGAAGAAAACAGAGAGCAGUAAUGGUAAGACAGAGGCUCCAGUAGGGAAUCAGACUGUGGGUGUGCCCUCGAAGUCCUCUGAAAAGGAGGGUCUGCCUAAGAAUGGGAUGGCUAAAGGGGCUGCAGGGAGGCAGGCUGGGAUGUCGAAGUCGAACGUAACUGCUUCGCUUUUGAAGCGGAACAAUGAGUCUCCUUCUUCUUCUCCCAGGAUUUCAUCUACGAAGCAGGCGAAUUCGAAUUUGCUGAGUUCAAUGAUGCAUUGUAACAUUUUUUAUGGAAGAUGGGUUGAGGAUGAUUCUUAUCCACUUUAUCCACCGGGGUCUUGUCCUCACAUCGACGAACCGUUUAACUGUUUUCUCAACAAUCGGCCUGAUGGAGCUUAUCAGAAAUUCAGAUGGCAACCCAAGGGCUGCAACAUCCCAAGGUUGAAUGGGAGGGAUAUGUUAGAAUUAUUGAGAGGAAAACGACUAGUUUUUGUCGGUGAUUCCCUGAAUAGAAAUAUGUGGGAAUCUCUGGUUUGCAUUCUUAGAAACUCGGUGCAAGAUAAAAGCAAGGUCUUUGAAGCUUCUGGUAGACGGGAGUUUCGCACAGAGGGUUCUUAUUCUUUUUUAUAUAAAGAUUUCAACUGUUCCGUAGAGUUCUUUCGAUCUCCUUUCCUGGUCCAAGAAUGGGAAAUUCCAGACACGAAUGGAUCGAAGAAGGAAACACUUCGUCUCGACGUAGUUGAGAGAUCAUCAGAUAAAUACAAGAAUGCAGAUAUUAUCGUCUUCAACACGGGACACUGGUGGACUCACGAAAAGACUGCAAAGGGAAAGGACUAUUACCAAGAAGGUAGCCAUAUCUAUGACGAGUUGAACGUUGUCGAGGCAUUUCGGAGAGCUUUGACAACUUGGGCAAGAUGGGUCGAUGCCAAUGUAAAUCCCAAGAAGACCCUGGUUUUCUUCAGGGGUUAUUCUGCUUCUCAUUUCAGUGGUGGGCAGUGGAAUUCAGGUGGGCAAUGCGACCAUGAAACUGAACCCAUCAAGAACGAGACCUAUUUGUCUACGUAUCCGGUGAAGAUGACAGUGUUAGAGUCAGUAUUGAAGGGGAUGAGAACACCAGUUUCAUACCUGAAUAUUACAAGGAUGACCGAUUACAGGAAAGAUGCCCACCCUUCUAUAUACAGGAAGCAGAAUUUAACAGAUGAGGAACGGAGAUCUCCAUUGAGGUACCAGGAUUGCAGCCAUUGGUGUCUCCCUGGAGUGCCCGACUCAUGGAAUGAGCUUCUCUACGCUCAGUUGCUGAUCAAAUACAGCCAACAACGACAGCAACAGCAGAAGAGACCAUAGAGGUAAAGGGAACACAGAUUAUUCGGCCAUGUUUACUUAAAUCAUUAAAUUAAUGGGCAUCUGUAUUAUAUAAGGCUUCUUAUUCUCCUAUUUUGGAAAGAAUAGAAAUAACCAGCAGAAGAUCCAAGAAGGUGUAUUCUCUCCCCCCUUUUUUUUCUGUUUUUAAUUCAAGUAGAGAGAAGUGAGUGAGGGGAAGAGAAGUGGGUUUGAGCUGUAGUAAUAUUGUUUAUAUUCAUAGGAAGAAGAAGAAGAAAGGAUGGAAGGAUAGUUUGGUCUUUCAAGGUGUUCACCUCUCAAGGGGUCUCUCUUUCUCUUCCCCCACCAUCAUAAACAAUAUUCUUUCAGCCUUAAAAAGGCUUACAUAUUGUAAAAUCUCAUUUCCAUGUUAGAUUUUUUUUAAUUUGAAAUAAUGAAAAAAAAAAUUAGUGGUGCAUC